CAGCUUUCGUAGUCGCUUGUGUUGUUUUGUUUUGUCUUGCUGUAGCCUCGGCUUGUGUUGGCCAUCGCCUCACAUUUCCACGCUGUAUUGUGACACUCGACAUAUUGAGUUGUGUGUUUUCGGAAUCCUGUUUAUUUUGCGAAUCUUUUCGUGUAUUUUGGUGCCAAGAUGGUACAGGACGGGGACGACGAGUGGAUCCAGAGUGUGACUUCGAGGAGCAUGAUCCAAUAACGAUCAACGAGCAGAUCAAUUGCAGCGUGCAUCGAAUGAGUACUCUCGUUGUCAAUGUACGAGGUUCUGGAGGAUUCAGAGCUACCUUCGUAACGUGGAUGGAACUUGCAUUGGGCGACUUGUAGUAGUCUACGAAUGUAAUCCAUGGCGGGGCGAGGCCAUCCUGCUGUAGUUCGGUACUUUUGGUGAUGCGUCGUAGGGUAUGAUUGUGAUUGUGAGAAGAAGCGUUUGGUCACCAUUCUCUGUGUCUGUGUGCGUGGAUCUUGUUCUCGGAAAGAGAGGAAGUUGUGCUGAAGUCUUGAAACAUAGUCGUGGUAGCUUUCGGUGCCCUAUUUUCAUACACCGUUGCAGCGGGAAACAUGGCAUCUAGUCCUUCGAAGCCCCGUACUAGCUCUCCUUUUCGGUUUCGAAAAACGCAGUCUGUAAAUGCGAGCAAGACAUCGCCAUCAUCAUCAGGUUCGCAAACUCCUACUUCCGCUUACAAGGCGAUUGGAAUUAUAGGAAGAUCUUUGACACCCUCUAAAGGAAGGGGCAGUAAUAUUCCUACACCCCCCAGUGUCACGCCUCCGCAAAAAUUCAGACAUAGUUCUGCCUCUUCCGCCUCAGCUGGUAGCCCUCGGACUCCAACUUCUGCUAGAGAGGAUUUUCUGAACCGUGCAAAGGAAAAUGUAUCCGUAACCGUCCGGUUUCGUCCCCUCAGUCAACGGGAAAUUCAAAGAGGAGAUGGAAUCGCAUGGUAUGCCGACGGAGACACAGUGCGAAGUGAGCUUAAUUUAUCAACUGUCUAUGCCUUUGACAGAGUAUUCGGCCCUGCAACUACUACCAGGGGAGUGUACGAUGCGGCUGCCCAACAUGUUGUUAGUGGAGCUAUGGAGGGUGUUAAUGGAACUGUGUUUGCCUAUGGUGUUACCAGCAGUGGGAAAACUCACACCAUGCACGGUGAUCAAAAGUCACCAGGGAUUAUACCUCUGGCUGUUAAAGACGUUUUUAGCAUUAUUCAAGAGACCCCAAGUCGAGAGUUUCUUUUGCGGGUCUCCUACCUUGAGAUUUACAAUGAGGUUAUCAAUGAUCUGCUUGAUCCUAUUGGCCAAAACCUUCGCGUGAGAGAGGAUGGCCAGGCAGGCACUUACGUUGAGGGUAUAAAAGAGGAAGUGGUGUUGUCGCCUGCUCAUGCUUUAUCCCUCAUUGCUGCUGGAGAAGAACAUCGGCAUGUUGGCUCGAACAACUUUAAUCUUCUCAGUAGUAGGAGUCAUACAAUCUUUACAAUGACGGUAGAAAGCAGUCCACGAGGCGACGGCUACACAGAUGAGGACGUCACACUCUCCCAACUUAAUCUGAUCGAUCUUGCAGGAUCAGAGAGCUCGAAGACAGAAACAACUGGUUUGCGCAGGAAAGAAGGAUCAUACAUCAACAAGAGCUUAUUAACUCUUGGCACUGUUAUUGCAAAGCUAAGCGAUGGAAAGGCAUCUCACAUACCUUAUCGGGACUCGAAAUUAACAAGACUUUUGCAAUCCUCCCUUAGUGGUCAUGGCCGGAUAUCAUUGAUAUGUACAAUCACUCCAGCAACCAGCAACAACGAGGAGACACACAAUACACUCAAAUUUGCACACAGAGCUAAACGGAUUGAAAUCCAUGCCUCUUCCAAUAGGAUUCUUGAUGAGAAAUCAUUAAUAAAGAAAUAUCAGAAGGAAAUUACUAGCUUGAAAGAAGAGUUGGAACAGGUUAAGCGGGGUAUCAUGGAGCAGCCAUAUGCUGCGAAAGAAAACAGUGAAGACCUGGCCCAUCUGCGCAAACAGCUGGAAGCUGGACAAGUAAAAUUGCAGUCACGGCUUGAAGAAGAAGAACAAGCAAAAGCAGCUUUAAUGGGAAGAAUCCAACGACUUACGAAGCUUAUUUUAGUCUCUACCAAAAAUACUAUCCCACCUGCUGCAGUUCCUGAGAAACCUAAUCACUGGCGAAGACAUUCUUUUGGAGAAGAAGAGCUGGCAUACUUACCAGACAAGCGUAGGGAUUUAGUACUUGAGGAUGAUGAUGAAGGAGGUCAAGGUGGUGAAUCCGACGCAAGAGAGGAAUGCAGGGAUGGGACUGGGACAGACGACAGUUGUAAGGAUGAAAAGAAGGCGAUCAAGAAGCGUGGCAUGCUCGCUUGGUUCAAGCUUCGGAAAACCGAUUCUUUGACUUCAAGUCCCUCGGGGGUUUUCGACACAGACCAUCUGCCAAACGGGAACGGAGAAUGUUAUGAUAUUUCAAUGGAUGUUCAAGGUGGCACACGUAGAAAAUCCUUCAGUCGCAGAGUUGAUGAACUGACAGCCGUUGACACUUUUGCGGAGUCUACUCAAGCAGGGGAACUCUUUAGUGCUACUGUACGAGGUCGAAGGCCACCUCCAACAGGAACAACUAUGGCUGACCAGAUGGACCUGCAGAGGGAGCAAGCUAAGAUGCUGGCCGGGGAGGUCGCAUUUUGUACUAGUUCACUGAAACGUUUAACGGAGCAGUUGUCUAAUAACCCAGAUGACACACAACUUCAAGCUCAAGUGGAGAAGGCUAAGGAGGAAAUUAAUGAAAAGAAGCGGCAGAUACGCAUGCUUGAGCAGCGGAUCAAGUCUGCGGUCACAUCACAACCUAUGUCGAAUGCCUUCGAGAUGUCACAGCAAAUUGGAAUGCUUACAACUCAGCUCAAUGAGAAAGCCUUCGACCUUGAGAUAAAAACUGCUGAUAACCGCAUAUUGCAAGAGCAGUUGGAAUCAAAGGCUGGGGAGAUUAAUGAGCUUCGCGAAACGAUAGAUUCACUGCAACAGCAGCUCCAAGUCUCAAUGGUGGAAGACAAUGUAGGUCGACAUAAGCAGCUCGAUACCCUCCUUGACAACCCGGAUGACAUGGGGGGAUGGUUGAACAGUGGUAGUCUGUCUGGGGAGCUUCGGUAUGUGGAAACAAACGGAUCUGAGAGUGAAAAAUUUGAGCGCAAUUCACAGACCACCUCCAAGGACGUAGACGACCGGGAUGCACUACUACAGUCACAAAUCGUGAUGCAGUCUGGUGAGAUUGAAAACCUGAAGCAGGAGAAUGAUGCCCUGAAGAAAGAGAAGGAGAAAGUGAAUUUUAUCAAGGAGAAGUUACAGCAGGAGAAUGAGGCCCUAAAGAAAGAGAAGGAGAAGUUGAAGAUAAGCAAGGAUAAGUUACAGCAGGAGAAUUUACGUCUUCUUGAGGAGAAAGACAGUCUUCAGAUUCGAAAUGAGAAGCUAGCAGAGGAAUCUGCGUAUGCAAAAGAGCUUGCUUCACAAGCCGCUAUUGAACUCAAGAAUCUUGCAGAAGAAGUCACAAAAUUCUCAUUUCAAAAUUCAAAGUUGCAAAAUGAUUUGCUCCAGGCUCAGGAAGUCACUUUCCAGAACGCGAAACUGCAAGCGGAGUUGGUAAAACUCCAGAGUGAACUGAAAAAAUCAGAGGAAACAGCAUUUGCUUUGGCUUCAAUGAAGCCACAAAGCAACGGUGGGUUAUCAAAAGUUAUGACCAAUGGGGAUACACACAUCGAUGAAGGCAGUAUCGUAUCCAGUCGAGGUUCUCUGUCUCGAGCAAACGGUGGUGCGAACAAAGGUGGAAGCAACGGUUCCAGUAGGAAUGGAAAGCUCAACAGCAAUGGAAAUCACAUCGAUGAUGUAGAUUCUGACGCAGCUGCGGAUAUCCUUAGAAGAGAGCUUGAGGCAGCCAAGGAGAAGGAGACAGCCUUGAUGACUGUCAUGGCAGAGAAAGAGGCAUCACUUCGCAAAGAACUGGAAGAUGCCAAGCAACGAGAAUUUACCCUAGAGAAUGAUCUUGCAAGUAUGUGGGUUCUGGUUGCAAAGUUGAAAAAAGAAAAAGUUGCAAGUACCAAUCAGUCAAGAGAACUCAUUCAAAAUUCAUCCCAGGAGUUUCAGAUCAAUGGUAGAAGUUUCAGUUGUGGGAGACCAUUAGAUACCGAGAGCACGACGCAAGCCUAUAGCAAGCCUGGUAACAGCGAAGAUAUAGAUGCUAUAGGUGAACAGCUGGCAAGAACAGAGCUACAUGAUGGAUUUGGAAAGAACUCCUGGAGCAGCGAAGGCGAUACUACUACGUUAGAUCCAACGGAGCUGUAUUCUUCGUAUUCGAACAGUAUAUUGCCAUCACUUGUACAAUCAAGAAGUUUUGGUUCAGUUGAUCAUCAACCAGCUGAUAGCGUACUCGCUCAAUCCAACCCAUUUGCCGUAAGAAAUGGCCCAGCUUCGAAAGGAUCAAGAGAAGGGAUGCGUUCCCUUGAAGAGCUUAAAAGUUUUAUGGACGAAGAACGGAGGAGAGGUGUAGAGCUAGGCACUCCAGUAUCUCAGCUUAAGGCAAACUCUGUUUCCACUGCAUCUACAAACCCAUUUUUAACCCAUCAUGUUGCUCAGCAGAAUGGCUUACCACUCACAGGUAGCAACUUUGAAGGAGGAUUGUGGACCUCCUUUGAAAGUAACUCCUGUUACAAGACAUAAACUCGUAAGUGAAUCAUUGUUGAGAAUAAGUGGAGCAUCCACCACUUUUACUCUGGCUUCCCAGGUUCUUUUAGUUACCCAACGACAGGCAUUUACGAUCAUUCUCAAAUAUGUACCUUGAUAUUUUAGACGUUAGAGUGCUCAAUGUUGACUCUGUCUCUACUAGCUCGUUCAUAUGUACUGCACCAUUUUUUGGUAGAUAUUAGACUAUCGUUUAGGGAUUUUUUCUGCACAUAUGUCUCAUGUGCAUUUGAAAUUAAUUUUUUCAAGAUGAAGUUCUUAGUCAGAACCAUCUCACAUCUUAUUUUUCUUGGCAUAAAUGUCACUUUUUCAUUCUCCUUGAA